AAAAUUUACUCUGCCGUCAGAUAGAAAAAAACUUCAGCCUGUGUUUUACAUUUUUAUCCAAGGAAGAAUGUCUGCCAUCCUGUCCCAAGUUAUUCGUCGCCAAAUUGCGACCACUGCCCAAAGAUCAUCUGGUCAUGCCGCCACCGCUGGUGAACACUCUGGCGGCUACAAAUUGUGGAAGCGUAUGACUUUCUUCGUGGCAUUCCCCGCUGUUGGUUUGUGCAUGUUGAACGCCUACUUGGGUCACCAAGAACAUGCCCACCAUGCUCGCCCCGAAUUCGUUAAAUACGAAUACUUGGCCAAGCGCGAUAAGCGUUUCCCAUGGGGAGAAGGUAACAAAUCUUUGUUCCACAACCCACACGCCAACGCUUUGCCCGACGGUUAUGAAGCCUAAAAACUUCGACUGAGUGUGGUGUAACCAUUUUGGAUGUAAGGAUGUAUAAGACGGAUGUAUUUAUAGUCUAAUUGUUUUUUGGAUUGUGAAAAAUGAAAUGAAAAUACCAUAAUACAUUGGAGUUUAGUCAAAAUCCAAAA